UCAGAUAUAAGGAGGGGAGGAAAACGUGAGACAGAAUUGCUCCAAGUUGGGCUGGGAGACGUCACAUUGUAAAACCGUAAGGAAUCCUGAAGCCUUGCUAUGUAACGAGACUGAUUUACGGUUAAGAUGCAGACCGCAUAUCUCUGAUUUGGCUUUCUAAUAUGAGGACUAUGUUCUACAGAGUCAUGUAGACUAUAGUCGCUCUCGCUCUCUCUCUCUCUCUGCCUGUGGACGGAUGUUGAAUGGUUUGUUUUGCAUUACGCCCCUGGGCUUUUUUAAAUAUAAAAAUUAUCACAGGGACUACGGGUGCAACACGCGCAAUGGUAAGAGUGGCUGCUUUGCAUCUUGCUGAGUCAUGAUCUCCACUUUUAUAUUGAAUCAAUAAUUCUCCCCUGACCUCCCCCCUCCGCUCGCACAGGUCCCAGGGUGGUUGGUGCAGUGCGAGAGGGGCUUCCAAAAUAUCAGCAGCCCUUCCUCUGAGUCCCUGGGAGACAUAAUAUAAAUGUAAAAAAAAGUGCGUGAUGAGGUCCGGUCAGUGAAUUACAUACGGAAUCCCCCUUAAUCUUCACCUCCAGUUGGUGUUGCGGCGGGGAGGCACUGCACACACUGCCACGUACCAUGAUUGCGGCGGCGUUCCUGGUGCUCCUCAAGCCCUACAGCGUCCAAUGCAUCCUGCUGCUGCUCCUGCUUCUCCUGGCUACCAUCGCUACCAUCUUGUUCUUCUGCUGUUGGCACCGUAAGCUCCGCAAGGCUCGGCAUCCCAUGAAGUCGGUCGGCUCGGGCCGCUCCAGGAGCCGAGAUGCAGGAAUGAGAUCGCACUUCCGUUCUGAGGGGUUCAGACACAGUCCGCGACGUGGCCGGAGGAGCUGCAGGAUGCGAGUGUCCGACGACUCCAAACCGCUGGUGGAGAUACCCGAGAGUGACCAGGAGCAUCUUGUAAGAAGAAGGAAGGUGAAGAGGAGCAGCAGAGUGCAGGCGGAGUUUUAUCACUCUGUGCAGGGAACGCCAACGCGCAGAGCUAGUAUCGGGAGCAGCUCUCGCCCCUGUUCCAUGUCUUCUGCCGAUUAUUCGGACGAAGAGGAUGAUUUUGGCCAAAGAUCAGGGACCGUCUCGCCAGCUCCUGGGGACACCCUGCCUUGGAACCUGCCGAAGCACGAGAGGUCCAAGAGAAAGAUUCAAGGAGGGUCGGUGUUGGACCCCGCUGAAAGAGCCGUUCUCAGGAUAGCCGGUGAGGGCUUUUUCCAUGACUGUAAAUUAAAAUCUGCACUGUACUACGAGGGCAUUUACUAUGGCACGUUAGAGAUUGAUUCUGCUAUUUACAUGAUUUUAAUUUAAUUUCCUUCCUUUUGGCUGGAAGCCACGAUUUGGUCAAUUGAAUUGGAACUGUGCAUUAGUUCAGGAAGAUUGCUAUGGAAAGCGGGCGAACAGUGCACCGUGCUUUCAGAUCCUGUAUUCCUAUUGUGAUCACAUAUCCAUCCCCUCCUUAAUUUGAUCACUUUGAUACCGAGUCGUCGGCCGAUUUGAAAUAACUAGGAGUGUUU